AUGAGGACUUCGCCACCUAGUUUGCCGUCUGCUUCGUCUGGCCGGGCUUCCUAUCCUAUGCAGGUCGCCGAGGCCGUCAAGUCGCGGCGCCGUGCAUCUUCGACAGCUCAAAAACCCGCCGCCAAGGAGGCCUUCACACUACCCCCACCACCGACUAGGUCACGAAAGAUCAUCCAGAUGAAACCGAAGCAGGAGGAGCCCGAAGAGGAUUCACCAUCCGCCAAAAACACCACAGCUUCAAAGGCCGCAGCAUCAAAUGGGACUGCGGCGGCGACGCUUUCCAUUGAGUAUGUCAGAUAUCUCGAGGACUGUGUGUCCAAACUCAAGGAGCAACGAGAGGCGCCCGAUAUGCAGACGCCUACCGAAGGUGGCCGUGACUUGUGGGCAUCCAUUCCCCAAUUUGCCCCAACGUACCGUGAAGACCCUUCCGGCGAUGUUGAAAUGACCGGCUCUGAAGCCGCGUCGCCUCCGUUUGCUGCCCAGCCGUCCCGCUCGCAUCAACCGUCCGUGUCGCCUGCCCUGCUAGCCGAAGACGCGAGGAACCGGAACCACUCGUACUCGUCCACGUCUACCGACCACAGGCACUACAGCUACAGCGCCUCCUCGGCCACCACAUCACCGGCGUUCGGCCCCCAAAUGUGCGACUACGGUCGCGCGGGUGGACCCUUGCAGCCACCAUCGGCGCUGACGAGCCCCGCCCUUGCGCCGCAAAGGGAGCACCGUGACCUGGAUCAGGAGGCGACGGCCGCCCUGCUCAUGCUUAACAGCGACCGUCGGGGCACUGUCGGGAGUGGACAUGGUCGCAGCAGUGCCACGGAAAGCCAGGGCACGGGGCGUGGCAUGUCGGUGCGGGACCUCCUCAGCGCAUGA